AAUUGGGAGAAACAGAGAAAUGAUGGAGACUGAAGAAAACAUUGUAAUUGUUGGUGCUGGCAUAGCUGGUCUUGCUACUUCUUUGGCCCUUCACAGGUUGGGGCUGCGGUGUUUUGUGUUGGAAUCAGCAGAUUCAUUACGAGAUACUGGAUUUGCAUUGGCGUUGUGGACUAAUGCCUGGAGAGCUUUGGAUGCAUUGGGCAUUGGGGACUCUCUUAGACAACGUUCCUUAUCCAUUACUGGGUUUAAAAGUUUCUCAGCGGAUUCAGGUGCACCUAUCAAGGAGGUGUCAUUUGUGGGGAAUAACAGUGUGGAGUAUGAAAGUCGUUGUGUGAGAAGAAAAGAGCUGUUGGAGACAUUAGCUAAUGAACUGCCUCAAGGCGCGAUUUGAUGUUCUUCCAAGGUUGAUUCCAUUGAAGAAUCUGGACCAUUGA